AGCCAUCAAAAGGCGUCCCACGUACGUUUAGUUGUGUCGGCACUUCCCCUCGUUAAACUCGUCAGUUUCUAUUUGUCGUCUCUGAUCUGUCGCUAGUCUCGAUAGAUUUUGAGCAAAAAAAACGGAAUCUUAUUCAUUUUUGUCGAAUUUUAACCAAUACCAAUCGAAGAGGGCGAAAAAUUGUAGCACUAUUUUCCUUUGCAUUGGUCCUCGAAGUUACACCGAAUUCGCGAUAAAUUGUCGCCAAUCUCAAGAACAUACAUUAUGAUCCGGUAUUCAUAAUUCAUUACUCGAUGCUCGUUCAGCCGCCACAAGAAUCUUAGAAAGCGCGAAGAGAGAUUCGCAAAAUUAUCCGGUGCAAAAGAUCUAGUGUGUGUGUGUGUGUGAAAGAUAGAGAGAGAGGAAAGUAUAACAAGGCGUUUUAAUGUGUUCAGCGGUUCUCUUGUGUGAUACGAGCUGGUCCGCGAAUUCAGAACUCCAAGGAUCGAGAAACCUCGAUUCGGAUCAGACCGAACCCGAUAAGAAUGCAAUCAACGCCUCGAGCAUGAACGAAUCAACUCCCGAAGCGAUUAUUUCCGGGGACUCGGGCGUAAUAGCGAGGAUGUUGGUUUGCGAGAAUGCGGAGGGCGAGAACGGGAGUAAAUCAACGAAUAAUUUACAACAAGUCGCUCGUCACGAUUCCGGGGUUCCGGAAGAUUUAGUCUCGCCUUGUCCCGAGGACGCGAAUCAUGCUGCUGAGAGCGAAGACCAAGAGGACGAUCCUGAUGGAACGAUUAACAGCGACUGUAAUAUCACUGUCAUACACGUUACGAACGGCGAAAUCGAACCGAUAAUUGAUAGCAACGAAACGAACGAUUUCAAUAUCGCCCAAGAAUCACAAGACAUCGAAAGCAGUUCUAGAGAUUUCACACCCGAGAGCAAAGACAGCAAGGAUGGCAGCGACAGCGGUGUCGAGGGUUGCGCCAACGAACCGCCACGAGUCGAAUACGCGAGCAGUUGCAACGGACUGGACGAGGUGUCGUGCGGAUCGAGUAUGGUGAGCUGUUGUUCGGUGUACGAGGAUCCUUGUGCGAUUAUUCCGGACGAUUCACAAAUGCCGAGCACAAACACGAGUGUGGCGGAGGGAGGCGGUGGUGCGGGUGGCAUCGGCGGCGAAGGAACGAGCGAGGGAGGAAGUGAAAGUUCAUCUUUAGCGGGAAGCUGUUCGGGUCCGAGGAUCGGAAGAGGAACAUCGGUGAAGCGAAGUUCUUUUGCUUCAUCGAGCUCGAGCAACGUUUCAACGGGAUUGGGUAAAAGGAAACCAGAGCCGAAAGGGAGUCAAGGGAGUCAGGAGGAAAAUUCUCGAACUGCACCGACUCCGCGUACGAAAAUUCGUGGGAGCAUUGGAACCUCAGCGACUCCGAGAGCUUCCUCGAGCACGAGGAACGUUUCUGGUAAUUUGGGAUCACGCGAUCGCGGCAGAUCGCGAGAAGGAAGAUCCACAACUCGAGAAUUAACUCAGGCGACUACUUCGACGUCGAACAAUAAUACCGAAAGACGCGGCUCGAGCAGUACAAAGUUUCGCGGUUCAAUGGGAACUGCAAAUGCUUCUUCAAAUGUAACGGUUAGAACAAGAACGCGACCAUUGCCGGAUUCACUGCCAUCCUCUUUGACGACCGAAAUCGACCGCGAUUUAGCCGCUCACCGAGGAAGAGCCUCUACCUCCAAAUCCCGGGGAGCUUCAACGAGCUCGCGUGGUCGCGGAACUCCGGGCUCGACUCCUUGCGACGAAUCUCGAAAAUCGAUUGGAGCGUCCAAAAGUUUGUACACUUCUCGCGCGGAAAAAUCUGGCUCUGGGGCUUUGAACGAGGACAAAUCUCUCGAUGCUUACGCAACUUUGCCACGCACGAAAAACCGCGCCGCUUUUUCUCUCGUCAAAUCGGUCGAUCGAGCCGACGAUAUUUUCGGCAAAAACGAAUGCAAUCGUGAAAAAACUCGCGACACCAGUUUGAGCAGAAUCAACGGUACGAAAAAACCUCGUGUUCCCAACACGAGGGAAUCCUUGACUUCUCGAAAAUGCUUGCCACCUUAUCCGCGAACGAAGAGCGGCGCUGAGAAAACGAGAAUUUACCACGAGAUCGCUGUACAGACCGGCUUGACUGGAGAAGACAUUGAAAAUGUUUUCGCCGGAGUUGAAAUUCCCCACCACGAUCCCAGAAACAUCGAGAGAUUGCACGCUGAGACUCAGACAGAAGAGGUCUGGGAGGAUGUUAGAUUAGUUAAAAGCCAACUUAAAAUUCUAACCUCUGAUGCCAAUAGACUCAAAAUUGACAACGAAAGACUCGAAGCUGAAAACAACAAACUUGAGAGAUUACUCGCUGAAGAACGUGCUGAUCAUGCCUUCGCCCGACAGGAAUUGGACAAAAAUGCUCGAAGAGUUCUCGCCAUGCUCGGUACUCCGCAAUCCGAACACGACGAGGCCAGUGAUAGUUUUUUGGAACUUGAAACACAUUUUCAAUCUUCCGGACAAGUUGUCGCUAAUCAACAAAUUGAAAUUGCCGAUCUUCAAUCACUAUGCAGAAUGCUCAAUAGGGAUUUGGAAAAGAGUUUAGCUGCCCAAAAGUCGUUACUCCAACAGCAACAAGAACUUGAGGCUGAAUCGACCGAGAUGCAAGAUUUUUUACAAGAGGAAAAAGCCACUCUCGUCGAGGCUCUCAAAGAUGCUGACUUAGAGAUUGGACAAAAGAACGAACUUCUGGCUCAACGUGAUAUCGAAUUAGCUCGACUUACCGAAGAAUGCAAACACCUUGUACGCAUGAGUGAACAAAGAAGACAAGAAAAUCUAUCUCUUGGCAUGAAAUUAAAUGCCGUGGAACGACGAAGCAAGGAAUUGUUACUCGGUCAAGGUGCUGCGGUUUCCGGUGCGGCGGUUGCACUCUCUGGACUGGGUACAAGACUCGAGGGCUUGGUCGAUCAACUCGUUCGGUCGUAUAAAAUUUCAGAAAAAGAUCUUGAAGACGCAGUCUAUCACAACGAAGCGUACAGUCGAAGCAACAGUAGUGCAGAGUCAAGUCCUAUUAGUUCAAAACACAGUUUGAAGGAAUGUACACCGAGUCCAAAACGAGGCUCAUUUGUUUCAGCGGUUAUCGGAGCAAUAAGAAAUGCCGCAACUCAUCCUUUCGCUACUAAAACAACUGCUGAUAAAAAACCAUCACCCAUCGAUAAUUCGAAAUAUAUUUUUAAAGAAUUGAGCACGGAGACUUCAUCCGAUUUACUGGAUUUUGAGACUGAACCGUGUCUCAUGAUGGAGAGUGUUCUCGAGGACGUACCCUUGCCCGAUACUUACUCUCACAAUAUGAUAUCCAGCAGUGAUUCUUUGAGACGAGCCCUCAGUGUUCCUGAACCAAUCGACGAUACGAACGUCCGACUUCCAAGGCUCAACGAUGAAUGCACGAGCUUAACAAAUCUCACACAAGCUAUUUUGAAUCGACGAAAGGUGGAAGAUGAAGAGGAAACAGGCGAUUGCGAGUCCCAGAGUGGUUCCGAAGGUCCCGGUACGGAGACGAAUUCUACUGCUCCGAUAACUGAUUACUGUCCAGCUGUAAAUUUAGUCGACCAAGUGAUCGAUGUCGACAAUCUUGUAACGAAACUUUUGAAAGUAUUACGCAUUAUUCAAUUGGACAAUGAUACGUGCAUACGGGAUUUGCGCGACGACAAAUCCGAAUUGGAAUCGAAGUUGGAGGAAAUGCGUAAAAUUUCCGGCGAGACGCUUGAUUCCGACGAAAUAUUCGCAGAUGCAGUGGAUUACAAGCGACGAACCGUAGUGGAAAAUCGUCCAGAGUCCAUUGAGAUCGAUACGACGGUUAAUAAUCCUUCCCAAGAUGAAAAAUCGACAACCGACUGAAUAGUUCGAUAAAAGAAAGAUAAACGAAACAAUAGUCGUCUAGAUAGGAGCAUGCGUAACUCUAAAGUCGUUAUAGUAUUUUCAGAAUACGAGAAAAACUAGAAACAAACCGAAAAGAAAGAGAAAAAUUAACGAAUAGCGAAAGAUCGCAAGAACUGUGUAAAUAGGACGUAACCAUUCGUUGACAUGAAUUGUUUCUACCCCAUCGUUCUUCUAUUCCAAUCCAUCGACGGUCAAGUGUCAAGAAAUUUGGUUUACGAAUUUGUUAGUUUCGAUUGCUUCGUAUUGAAAGAGAGAGAGAGAGAGAGAGAGCGACGAGGGAGGAUACUAAUUUUAAUCUAGUCGGACGUGAAUCGUCCUCGAUCAAGUCGAGACUUCCUUCGAUUUAGCACUCUUGACUUUCGAGAUGUGAUUUGACAGCUGUUGUACAGCGAACGAUAUAUUAUGAAAACGACUUAUACUCCUAAGACAUUUUUUCUACCGAACGACGAUGUGAUUCCUACAUACCAAAAUGAAAAUGAAAGAAAAAAGAGGAAAAAAAAGAAACGAAGCUGGUCAGAGACGUGUAUGUUUAAUUUUUGAUCAAAUAAAGUUUUGUCUUGGUAUA